AAGAAGAAGAAGAUGCCAUAAAUAAAUCGAGAGAUUAUGACAAAGGCUUUUCUUCCAUCUACAUGGUUCGUUCUCCCUUGUACAAACCUUGCUCGGUAGUCAGUUUCAUCCCCCACCUCUCUUUCUCUGCCCUUUUCUUCUCUCUUUCUCUCUCUCUCUCUCUCCAAUUAUUCUAUCCUUCACUCUCAAAAUAAUAUCAAAAAUAAAACCAUUCCAGUUUCAGUUUCAGUUUCAGUUUCAGUUUCAGUUUCAGCUUUAAAAUGCUCCUCCCUCCACUUCUCAAACCCCAUGUCUUUUUCACCCAAAUGUUGCACAUAGUGGUCAUCAAGCUCUAAGCUCAAGUGGCAUUUUUUCCUUAUGGAUUUUGGGGUUGUGGGUUUGGAAGGGUUUGGGGGUUCAGACAUUGGCUUUGGUUCAGAUCAGGAGGCAAAGAACAGGCGGUACGGAUCUGGGUUCCAGAAGCAGGAGAGAUCUGGGACCGUUGAUGAAGAACAUUGGAGGAGCUCAAAACAGGUCAAAAGUAGUGAUGAUUUUUCAGCACCAAAGAAAAUGCUGCAGCUCAACACUGGUAUGAUGAGGACUAAUUCCACCAACUUUGACGGGCAGCAGUUACUGAGCUUCUCUAGCUCAUCCAAAUUAGAAGCUCAAAAUGCCUCAUUGCCUAGCUACUUUCAACAAGCAGUGUCUGCUUACCAUAGAAAUUCAGGUAACAACCAUAGUGGGAGCUUAAAUGGGGCUACAGUGCAUUGGACUAUAGCAGGAGGCAGAGGACCAUUCACUCCUUCACAAUGGAUGGAGCUAGAACACCAGGCCUUGAUCUACAAAUACAUCACUGCAAAUGUACCUAUACCAUCUAAUCUGCUCAUCCCAAUAAAAAAGGCCUUGGAUUCUGCUGGGUUAUUUUCACCAGGACUCAGAUCCAAUACAUUGGGAUGGGGUUCUAUCCAUUUGGGAUACUCCAACAGUACCGAUCCUGAGCCAGGGAGGUGCCGUAGGACAGAUGGGAAGAAAUGGCGGUGUUGGAGAGACGCUGUACCUGACCAAAAAUAUUGUGAGCGGCACAUCAACAGAGGCCGCCAUCGUUCAAGAAAGCCUGUGGAAGGUCAAACCGGCCAGUCCGUUACCGGUACCGCCACCCCCACCCCCACUGCCUCAAAGCAGCUUAUGCCUGGUGGAGGUGGAACCAGCAACCUCGCUAUUGCCAACCAACAGCUCAAGAGUUUGCAGCCCGCUGCUGCUGCAUCUAAUUCUUCUGCACCCACUCAGAUGAGCAGGAUGUUCAUGAAUAAAGAUAGUGCGAGUGAGAGAAUGCAACAUUCUCCAAACCUCUCCAUGUUGUCCAAGGAAAACACAUUCUUGAAUCAGAAACAGCAACUCGGGCUUGAGGAAUCCUCAAGAUCUGAGUUUGGGCUGGUCACCUCUGAUGCCCUCCUCAACCCUUCACAGAAAAGGUCCUCGAGUUCAAUGAUGAGCUGUGGUAACUUUGGUGCUGUUCAAGAGACAGAUUCACAACAUUCCCUUCGCCACUUCAUUGAUGAUUGGCCUAAAAACCCAUCUGAUCGCCCAGCUGUUGUUGCCUGGCCUGACCAACUCGAUAUCCAAACAGACAGGACUCAGUUAUCCAUUUCCAUCCCCAAGACAGGUUCCUCGGACUUUAUACCAUCCACUUCCUCUACCAACAAUGGGAAGCUCACUUUCUCCCCACUCAGAAUGUCUCAUGAGCUUAACUCAGUUCCAAUGGGUUUAGGAGUAAGCAGCUGUAUGGAGCAACACAAGAAACAAGCAAACUGGAUUCCAAUCACCUGGGAGCCUUCAGUUGGUGGUCCUCUGGGAGAGGUUCUGCACCAUACCAAUAUCAAUGCAGCAGAAUGCAAGAAGUCUUCAGUGCUUAACCUUAUGACCGAGGGCUGGGAUAACAACAGUCCUCCAUCUUUAGGGUCUUCUCCAACUGGGGUCUUGCAGAGGACUGCAUUCGGGUCUGUGUCUAGCAGUGCAGGGAGUAGUCCAAGAGCAGAGAAUAGGAGUACUCAUGAAGGGGCUAGCCAUUGCAAUGAGCUUCUUAUGUUUCCUGCCUUGUAAGUUUGUAACCAUAUGAACCAUCUUUGUGUUCGUUUUUAUGUGUACUGCCAAGCAUAAUAGUCAGAGUCUAUUGGUAGUUAGUUGUUGUUUUCUUGAACUUCUUGUGAAAUUGCAAACUUUGAGGUGAUAACUUAUCAGUACUAGUUGUGCAAAUAGUGAUUGCCUAUCAAUUUGUGAUUGCUCACUGGUCUCACAUUAUCAGAACCUUUAUGCCUAAAUGUAAUGACGACUAAAGUGACCAAUUAGUAAUAGAUUUCUUGGUCCAGAAACCAAAUUGGAGCUCCGAUUACCAAUGCCCAAUGGCGCUAACCGAGCAAGUGAGCAGUCAUCCCAGAAGUCACUGAUUUCUGUGUGUUUAGAAGUCAGUUUCAGAAGGGUCGGUUCACCUGGUUUCCAAAAUAAUGUUACAGCCCUCGGUUGCUCUUCAAGAUUUAUCAAAAACUGUGGGUGUUUUCUAGUGUUUUUGGGUAUUCAAACAUUAUAGUCACGAGCUAUAACAUCAGGUCAUAUAAAAUUUACCGAAUUAUUUCCUUGCUCACAUCUGAGUGCCUUUUUUUAACCCAUCUACCAUCCUAUCUUAAGGGAUCACUUUUAAACGCUAAAAUGAGUAAAAUCCAAUCCAAAACCUAUUACAGAUAAUACCGAGUCUUUUAUUGAAUAGAGACCUCCUGGUAUUUAGUUUCGAAUUUUAGUUAGGGCUCUGUUUCAUUCUUUGGUGGGUUUAGCUGGUCUUCAGUUUACUGGGUGGGUUAGGGUUUACAGAGCAGAGCAGUACAAUAAAAGCAUAUAGACGCAAAAUUUGGAGGCAUGCGUAACCCGAAACUCUGGACCAUUUGUCAGUUCGGGCUUUAAACACCACCAUGGUAAUCACUUUAAGGAGUUGCUAAAACACCGAGCACCAGAGUAGGAUGCUCCAUGAUUACAAUAGUCAACUCCUAUACAUAUCUUCUGUAGAUCUGUUUACACAAAAAUUCAUACCAAAAUUUGGGCCAGA